AUGGCGGUUGUUCUCAUGGCUACUUGGGAAGCCUUGUCUAGGUGGGUCGUUGCGGCCACCCCUCACACUAUGGUGUCCGCCUUGGUCAGUGGUGGGCCGGUUUCGCUGGUAUAUGGCUUCAUCUUGGCUUUAAUUGGUGCUUUGGCAACUGCAGCCUCACUGGGUGAGAUGGCGUCCAUGUACCCGACGGCCGGCGGACAAUAUCACUUUAUCGCCAAGCUCGCUCCGGAACAGUGCAGGUACAUGAUCAGCUGGCUCGUGGGAUGGAUAGGUACAUUUGGAUGGGUGGCCUUCACAGCCAGUGCACCAUUUCUAGCCGCAACAAUGAUCCAGGGAUUGGUCGUGCUUAACUAUGAAGAAUAUCAGGCCAAAAGAUGGCAUGGUACGCUCAUCUAUUGGGCACUUCUGGCCAUAUCAGCCGUUGUUAAUAUCUGGGGUGCCCGGCUGAUAUCCCUGAUCGAGAAUGCAUCUUCACUCAUCCAUCUUGCGGCAUUUAUUGCUGAGUUCGUUGUGAUUUGGGUCUGCGCACCGACGAAGCACUCCGCUAGUUUCGUCUUUACUCUUUUCCGGAAUGAGUCAGGAUGGUCUAGCAACGGGGUGGCAUGGUCUAUAGGCUAUGAUGGGGCCAUUCACCUUUCCGAAGAAAUGACGAACGCUGAGGUGGCGGUUCCGUGGUGCAUGCUGGGCUCGCUAGCAAUCAAUGGAAUGCUCGGCUUCGCAUUCCUGCUUACCGUCUUAUUCUGUAUGGGAGACUUCGAAGCGGCACUCAACACUGCCACAGGGUUCCCGAUCAUCCAGAUAUUCUACAGUAUUACUGGAAGUGCCGCGGGCAGUGCAGCGAUGACCAGCAUGCUAAUAAUCAUGGCGGGAUUGGCCACCAUCCCAUUGACAGCGUCAACGGCGCGGAUGUUAUGGUCUCUCACUCGUGAUAGAGCAUUUCCUUUCUCAACAUACCUGUCGAUUAUUGACAAAAAGACCUCACUUCCCGUCCGAUCCGUCUUCACGACCAGUGGGUUUCUCGUCCUCCUCGGUUUGAUCAACAUUGGUUCGACCACCGCUUUCAACGCAAUCCUGUCACUCGCGGUGCUUGGCCUGCACAUGUCUUAUUUGAUCCCGACCGGAUUCAUGCUCUGGCGUCGGCUCCACACACCCGAGAUCCUGGCUAUGGGCCCUGGAAACUAG